AUGAUGACCGGUCCUUUGCUUCGAUCCUGGCUGCUCCUGAUACAGUUGAUGGCACUUGAGCCAACGGUAUUGACCGCGUUUCCGUCAUUCCCAAGUUGCCUUGGAUCCUUGCUGCAUCCGUCACAGGUUCUCCAAAAACGCAAAAGACGAAAUACCCACAACAUCCUUUUAAAUUUCGCAGCAUCCAAGCCUGAUGAGAACUCUGCUUCGGCCGAUAAGGAGGAAAAUCUGUUUGUGGCCUUGGAGGAAUUCACCAAGGAGCAAGUUCAGUUGACCACUACAUGUAGUUCUACUUCUGUUGAUGAUGAUACUACUAGGAGUAUUGAUUGUGAAAAGGGAACAACCGACCUGUCACCCUAUUUCCUUCCAGAUCCCAACGAUAAUCAAGCCACUUCGUUUUGUCACUCGUUGACGUCCUCCCAACGACAACGCAUCCAAGAGUUUCUCUCGGAGAUUUAUUUGAAUCGCAAACGGCGAGCGUACGCCAAGAGCGACGCACUCACCAUUCAACUCAAACGACAAUUUGGAAUUCGACUCUAUCAUGGCAAUCCAUCCUAUUGGACCACGCAAAAGGGAGCCGCCCCAACAUUUUACAUUCGAGCCAAACUGGAACAAGAACAACAAGAUCGAGUGCUAGGAGACGGGGGCCAUCCUUACUCUCCACAUGACAAUAAUCCAGGUGAUGGUGAGAGCUCCAGCAUUUCUCCCCUCACAAAUGCCCAAAUCAACAACCUUCUCGUCCAAAAGACGCAGGCAAAGAAUCAAGGAGCAUACGAACGAGCCAAGGCGAUUCAAUUUGAACUACGAAUCAAUGGUGUGGAAGUCAACGAACAAACUCGACAAUGGAGGCGGACCACAAGAGCAACAAUAAUAGAAGGAAAUGAAUCGUCUUGGAAUGCUGAGAAGUCCAGCACGACAACAGCAGCCGUGACGAUGCCCAACAAGAAUACUGACAUUCCAGUAUUUCGGCAAAGACUUACCAGCCAACCAUCGUCUCCUCAGAUUGUGACUCGGGUACAGCAGCUCGUGGCAGAUCGGGCACGAGCCAUGGUCCAACAGCAAACCGAAUUGGCUGAUUUCUUGGCACUGGAACUGCGCAGGACAUACGGCGUCAUGAUGGAUGAUGACGAGCAGGAAUGGUUCAUCGUCGACAGCGAUGAUGAUGACGACGAAAGUACAGCAAUCAAGUUGCCAAAGUCUUCUUCCUCUCCACAAGUUGUACAACAACGGUCCACCACUCCAAGCAUCCUCAAGGAUCCACAACAGCCGGACAAUGAUGAAACUUGGAACAACCAUGACAUGGUGCCGCCUUUGCUUUUCAUUGGGGAUCAAGAAGAUCUGCUUUCCGCGCCUGAUCCCGAUGAUGAUGGCUGUCCGUACCGACAAAGCACGCAUUCCCAGACACCAACCAAUGAUGCAUGGAUCAUGACCCGCAUUCCACAACUCGUCCAACAAAGAUGUCGCAAGCGAGAGCAGGGCAAGUUUCGAGAAGCCGAUGCCAUUCGAACCGAGUUGUGGGAAACCUACCACGUGGGAAUCAAUGAUCGACUCCAACAAUGGAGUGUCGGUGGAGUCUUUGAUUGA